CCCCCCUCCUCCCUUCGUCCUCUUCCUCGCCUCCUCCCACAGCUCUUCCCUCGAGUCAUCCAUCGUAGAAACUCAAUUUCUUUUGUUUGGCUGUUAAGUCCUCUUGUAUAUCGCAUUUUUCAUUUACGACCAAACAUGGCAGACCAGAGCCAGCGCGCCGCUCCUCUUCGCCUCGGCUCUGAGGCCCCCAACUUCAAGGCCGUCACCACCAAGGGCGAGAUCGACUUCCAUGAGUUUAUCGGCGACAAUUGGGUCAUCCUCUUCUCGCACCCUGUAUGUGAAAGAUACCCUCAUGCCGCAAAAGACCUGCCAUCAGUCGCUAACGGCCGGCUCGGCCCGUUCCAGGAUGACUUCACUCCAACCUGCACCACCGAGCUCGGUGCUUUCGCCAAACUCGAACCCGAAUUCACGAAGCGGGGCGUUAAGCUUAUCGGAUUGAGUGCCAACGGCUUGAAGUCCCACCACGACUGGAUCAAAGACAUCGACGAGGUCACCGGCUCCCACUUGCAGUUCCCCAUCAUUGCAGAUGCCGAUCGCCACAUCUCGUAUCUCUAUGACAUGAUCGACUAUCAGGACACCACAAACGUUGACGAGAAAGGCAUGGCCAUGACCAUUCGCUCCGUCUUCAUCAUCGACCCCAAGAAGAAGAUCCGUCUGAUAAUGAGCUACCCAGCCAGCACCGGCCGCAACACCGCAGAAGUCCUCAGAGUGGUCGAUGCUCUCCAGACGACGGACAAGAACGGUGUCAACACCGCCAUCAAUUGGACCCCAGGCGACGAUGUGAUCGUCCCACCCUUCGUGUCCACCGAGGAUGCGAUCAAGAAGUUCGGCGACGUCAGAAUUGUCAAGCCGUACCUCCGAUAUGCCACUAUUAAGAACUAAAUUGUGCUUUGGGUUUCAGGAGUUGAGAAUCGGGGAGUUUUUAUGCGGUAUCUGUAAUGACCAAUGAAUCAAGUUGAUCUAACCACCUUUGAGUAACCAACCACUCCAUAACUAGUCUUUAAUUGCAAAAUUAAACCAAGAAUUGCCUUGAUAG